AUGCAGGAUUCAGGGAAUUUGGUUUUCCAAAGGGGUGAUGGGAAAGUAAUGUGGGAGAGCUUUGGUCAUCCUUCGAAUACCAUGUUUAAACAAGGGAUGAAGCUUGUAAGCAAUCCUAAUCCUAAUAGCUUGAGUUAUGUCCUCAAAAUUGAGCAUGGCAACAUGGUUCUCUCCGCCAGUUACUCGAAUCCACAGCCCUAUUGGUCGAUGGGAAAAGAUGCUCGAAGGAACAUUGACAAAAACGGUGGGAAGGUGGCUUUUGCUUCUAUUGAUGGGAAUUCGUGGAGGUUCUUCGAUGAAAGCAAAGUGUUGUUGUGGCAGUUUAGUAUCUCGGAUUUGGUUGAUGUAAAUGUGAAAGCAACUUGGAUCGCAGUGUUGGGAAGUGAUGGGUUUAUAAGGUUCUUCAAUCUAAAUGCAAAAGGGUCUUCGGGAACUUCAAAAGUUCCCGAUGAUCCGUGUGGUACACCUGAAGCUUUUAUGCCUUAUUUUGUUUGCUCCGAUUUGGUAGGAAACACUAAGUGCCAGUGUUCGUUGGAGCUUAGCCCGAGCACUUGCAAAACUGGCAUUGCUUCCCAUUGUGAUAAUGGAAAGGAUGGUGAUGUAGCUCUUAUAGAUGUAGGAACCGGCCUCGAUUAUUUCACACUUGGCUAUGUUUCUCCUUCAUUGAAAAUCGAUCUGAGUGGCUGCAAAGCAUCUUGUGUUAGUAGUUGCCACUAUAUAGUUAUGUUCUAUGACAACAGUUCGAGGGAUUGUUUCUUGUUUAAUGACGUUGGGAGCUUUCAGAGAUCUAAACACAGGUCCAAUUUGGUUGCUUUUGUGAUGUCGAGAAAUGAAAAUGGUGGAGAGGGUGCAAAAGGGACAAGAGCCUUCCCAUAUGUUGUGAUUAUAGUGGUUUCUACUAUAGUUUUCAUUUUAGUCUUACUUUUUGUAUUGAGAUACUAUAAGAGAAAGAGAGCAAUGCUAGAAUCUCCUGGUGACAUUUUAGAAGAGGAUACCUUCUUUGAGGGUUUAACUGGAAUGCCUACUCGGUUCACUUAUAACGACCUUCAAAUUUCUACGAAUAACUUCUUUGUUAAGCUCGGAGAGGGAGGAUUCAGCUCGGUGUACCAAGGAACACUUCCCGAUGGAACUCAGCUUGCUAUGAAGAAAUUGAAAGGUAUUGGUCAAGGGACAAAAGAAUUUCGAGCUGAAGUUGGCAUUAUCGGAUGUAUCCAUCACCUCCAAAGGAUUAUAAGCUACGCAAUAUCAGAGAAUAGCUACGUUUACAGCUAUGGCAUGCUGCUGCUGGAGAUCAUCGGGGGAAGGAAAAACUUUGACCCCUCCGAAUGUUCAUAAAAAUCGUAUUUUCCAUCCUUCGCUUUCAAGAUGUUAGGGAAGCUUAUCGAAAUCCUUGAUCCACGGCUGAGCAUAGAAGGCAAGGAGGAGAGCAUUUACACUGCUAUCAAAGUUGCAUUAUGGUGCAUACAGGAAGAUAUGCAUUUAAGGCCAUCAAUGAACAAAGUUGUUCAAAUGCUAGAAGGUCUCUUCCCUGUUCCAAAACCACCAAUGUCUUCUCCGUUAGGUUCUCGGCUUUAUUGGAGUUUAUUUGAAUCGACAGGCGUGAUUGGAGAUGGCACAGUUUCAGCCUCAGCACUAUCGGAGUUCAACGAUGGUGAUUAUCUUUCAGCUGUUCGACUUUCUGGUCCUAGAUAACGGUUUCUUGGGAGGACAGUUGUAGUUCAACUGUUCCCAACAUAGUUCCUUUUUGUUUGUAUGAUAGUCAUGGAUUAGAGACAAAUCUCAAAAUAGAACAUUAACUUGAUUGGAUAUGCAAUUUAAUCAUGAAUUUAGAUUUGGUGGAGUUAUACACACAGUUUUGAGGUGUAUAUAUGAAUCUUUAAUUUUGAUUUGAUUAUAUAUAUUUACAUAAAUAAAUA